ACUUUCAUAAAAAAACAAAGAUUAGACACUAAAUGACACAGCUUUCAACUUUUUAAAAAAAGUUAUAAAAAUAUGGAAACAUCUAUAAUUUUCGUCAUCGUCUUUGGGAUCAUUUCAGGUUUUUCUGAAGGAGUUGGUGUGUUACCAGAUGGUCCAAUAAAUGCGUGUAUAAAUAAAACAGUGUUGCUUAAAACAGAUCUGACUCCAACAGAAACACCAUUUCUGUCCGUGGCCUGGAGAUUAGGUGUUAAUAAGCCCAUAAUAACCUCAGGGCUUACAUCAAACACAACUGAACGGGAAUAUGAAGACAGGAUCACUCUUUUCAGAUCUACUGGAUCUCUGGAGCUCAGGRAUCUGACACAAAAUGACAGAGGAGAGUACAGAGUUAACAUUUUACCAGCAACUGGUUUGUCAAAACAAGGGCUCACCAAUCUGGAUGUACAUGAACCAGUCUCUGUGACUGUAAAUCCUCAAUUUGCAGACUUGGUUGAGUACAACAGCUCUGUCAAUCUGUYCUGCUCCUCCUCUGGAUCCUCCUCUUUCCGCUGGAUGAACAGCAGCUCUGAGGUUACAGCCAGUGACAGAGUUCAGAUCAACUCAACUGACACAGGAUCCACUCUGACUAUAAUCAAUGUGACCAGAUAUGAUGAGGGAUUAUAUGAAUGUCAUCCUCUCUGUCCUGAUGUUGGUGAUCUACCUAAAGUAAACAUCUCAGUCAGCUGAACUCAGACUGAUGAAUGUUCAGACAAGUCAGAGUGGAGACUACAGCUGUCAGGCCUUUAACAGCAAAACUCUGAGAUAUCAAACGUCUCAACGUUUAUCUAUAUCCAUCAUUGGUAAGUCUUUUUUGUAAAUAAGUGGUAAUCAUCUUUUCACCUUCUCAACUAUUAUGAAUGCUGAAGAAAAGAAAAGAAAAGAAAAGAAAGGAAAAGAAAAGAAAAGAAGAGAAAAGAAAAGAAAAGAAAAGAACAGAAAAGAAAAGAAAAGAAAAGAAAAGAAAAGAAAAGAAAACAUGUACAGACUGUAGAAAAUACUGAACUGCUGUUUUGGUUUCUGGUUGCCAUUUAUAUAAGCAUAUUGAGUUUUUAUAAUCCCUACAGAACAUCAUAUUUUUGCCAUGAAACAAAAAUUUUAAUGUUAAUUGAAGGAAAACAUGAAAAGAAUCCUGACAAGCAUUAUGUAUUUUACACAAAUACUAAAAGACGUUGGAAAUGGACUUUAAUAAUCAUAUUCCAUAUUUUCAGCAUUGAUGAGAAAACAUUUUUUGUUUGUUUGUUCAGAGGCUCUUGGAUAUAUAAGCAUAUACAGAUAUGCCAAGCUCAUUAGUAGAUCAU